ACCAUGACAGCUGUAAGACCGACAGCACAGCACACACAGACGGAGUGAUGUCAGAGUCUACGGGCCGUUGUUCCUCUGUCUCCUCCAACUCUUCCAUCUCUCUGGUGGAGAUCAAAGCUGACACUCAUCUAGUUCUCCAAGCUUUCCUCCAUCGAACCCUUUCCAUCCCUCCGAAAAAGAGGCCUGGCAAUGUAGGAGGUGCUUACAGGGAUCACAACAAGUACAGCUCCAAGCCACAGCCAAAUACAAAGGAUGGUUGGGAUCCUCAGACUGAAGAUGUCACUAACACCACACGUGAUCUUGUCAAAGACCGUAAAUGCUCAUUGGACAGGGACAACAAGCCAAAACUGUUGCACCUCAGAGACCAAUCAGAAGAUGAUGUCAAAUCCCCCUCCUCAACAUCAGAAGACGAUGACAGUGAGAAGAAGAAGCAGCAGAAGAAACUGAACAAAAAGAAAAUUAAAAGAAAGAUCUCCAAGUUCUUCAGGUUAAAGUUAGAGAAAGAGAAGGAGAAAGAGGGUGAUGGAUCUCAUCCUCAGAGGCCUUGCUCAUUGCCUAUCACCACAGAACCAGAGCCUAAACCAACCAUCAUCUCUCCUAACCACCCUCCUGGGUUCUAUAAUGAGGUAGCAGAGAAGCUGGAAGAGAUUGCUCAGAGGUCCACCAGUAUAAAGAAAGUGAAUCCCAUCAGCCAGUCUUCCCCAGUAGCUUGUGAUAAAGAGGCAGUGGUGCAGCAGCUUGCUAAGAUACUCUCUGUUGAAGGAGAUUCCAUCAACACUAAGAUCCAGUCGGACCCUUUUCUGCGCUCCGGCUUGACUCGUCUUUCCUAUGCAUCAUUUGCCAAGCUUUUAGACACUUUCAGCAGUAGUCAGGUAUCUGAGGCCCCAGCCCUGCUGCCAACAGCUAGUCCAACACUGCAGCGCAUGGCUGUCACCAUGGAGGUAUCACGGCGGAUAGUGACAGCCACAGGAACCCAGCGCAUGCAAGGUUAUGCAGAGUGCUACAUGGAGACCUUUGCCCCCUGGGUAAAGAGCCAAGGAGGAUGGGAGAAUGUGGUAGAUUUGGAGGAGUGUGUGGAGUACGACUGAGUCCUCAGAGGGGUCUUUUGAUUCCAACUUCAAAUGCUGAAAACUGAUUGACAUCAAAGUGAAGAGACGGUUGGACCAUGCUUUGCUUUCCUACAACAGAUUGUCCAUGAACAAGCUUUCCUGGAGUCAUCUGGACUGUGAGAAGAGCAGAUUCCAUAAGCCUUUGUCUGAUUAUUGUUAGUCAAAUCUUACAAUAAUCACAAGAGGUAACUUCUGCUGAAAGUACAUU